AUGAUCAAAUGGCUCCACAAGAGGGAGAUUACUCGAUGUUAUUCCUCUCCAAUAAUCGAUUUAAGUUGUGGACUUAAGACGUAUCACCUGCGUGAAAUCUUGCCUCAGAGUGCAAUAUUCGACAUUUUUCUCGGUUUCUCAGCAGAUGGGUGCUUUUUGGUAUCAUACAAAAGUGAUUUCAAGCAUCAUAUUUUGCGAUUCUGGCUGUUCCCACCAGCUAGUACUCAACGUUGUGGAAUGUCACUUACUUUGUACGCAGAAAGAAAAUUUAUAAGAAGUUGUUACUAUCCGAACCUUCCCAGUAUUCCAUGUGUUAGAUUUGUGCAGACACUGUCAAGUCCGAAAGAGUUUCUACUACUUGCAUGCAAUGAUGAUGGCACUGGAUUCGUUGCUGCAUUUGGCCUUAUACCUGAUUUGGAUUGCAGUUCUUGUUUAGAAGCAUCAUCGAGUCGUGAUAGUCCAACUUCUAGAUCCACCUGCAGUAUUCAUUCACGAGUGUUACCUCUCAAUCUUGAUCUAUCUCACGCACAAGAAUCUUCUGCCUCAGUUAGAAGUAACGUCAGAGAUUUGAACAAUCCUCAGUUUUUAUCUUGUGAUACUCAAGAUAUUGUACCACCAUGUUUCCGUUCACGUGAUGGAACCUGUCGAUCCAAUAAUGAAGGUUCUUGUUUUGCUUCAACUGGUUUGCCUAUUGGACAAAUCCAGGUCGGUGUUUCUGCGAAUACUGGGCAUUUACGGAUUGCCUGGGCCAAUCCAGAUGCACAAGUUAAAGUAAUAUCAUGCUCCUUUGAAAAGUCUAUAAAUCCUGAUGAGUCAUCACUUUGUAAGCUUCCAAAGGGUAUGUCCACAUCAUUGGGACAUUAUCCUUCUUCAUUAGUUUAUAAGCCUCCACUUCUUACUCAUAACUACUGUUCAACAUGCUAUUCGUGGCCGGAAGAAGAUCAGCAAUGUAACAAGGAACAUGUGUCCUCAUUUUCAGUCUCAUCCGGUCAAGAUUCUACAAAAUGCAUUUUUUCACAUGAUUCACUCAAUAUUUUAUUGGUCAGUGAUUCCUUGUCAUGGCCGGAUAAUCAUUCGAAUAUGCAUCCAGAUGGUGCUGAAAGGAUAUGUCAUCAGUGUUCAUCUAACAAUUUUGCUAAUGGUGUCCAGUCAAAACGUAGGAUAUUUCCAGACGUAUGGGUUCCAUCACUGUUGUCAGACAGGCCAUGCUUUUUAUCAUGUAUUCAACUUACAUAUCUUGCAAUGCUGCAAGAUAUUCGAGCUUCGUACUUACACUGGACAUUAGUAUCACGAAAUAAGAAUAAAAUGGAUAAUACAUCUAAUCUAACCAAUACUGCGUAUACUGUUUAUCAAAAUGAAUCUUCUGAAGAGUAUGCCAGUGAAUGGAAUAUAAAUAAUUCUCCGUUAUCUUCACAUGCCAGUUCAGAUGAUGAUACAGAAGCAAUGUUAAGUAGUCCAGAUAGUGAAGAUACAAGUUCAUCUCCUGAAGACUUGUUAGUUCAUCGUCUAUCUGGCCAAUGUCACACAUCAUUUGACCUUACAGAAUGGGAGGAAUAUAUAGCACCUAAUGUACAAACUGUUACUAGUGAUGAGAAUUCUAAUUGUAGUUUAAAAAAUGAAAAGUUAUCAGGUCGUAUUAUUGCACAUUUAGAAGAGGUUGUAUUUGAUAUACCUGUCAUUUGUGUGCCUGAUGGAAAAAGAUGUAUAUACAGUAACUCUUCACCAGUACUGGUGCCUUUUAUCCCAUCUGAAGAACCUGACUUAUUGCUUGUAUACCGUAUGAAACCUGCUGAUAUUUCAUUGUGCACAAGUUUUGAUGAAGCAUCUACAGAGUGUAAUACAAUGGAUCUUCUCAGAAUUAUAGAUAUGAAUACUGGAUAUUCACUUCCUAUACCGUGUAAAGAUCAGUCUCCUAGUAAUAAUAAUAAUGAUAAUAAUACUAACCAAACUUCAUUUGGUACUCUAACUUUUCCAAUGCUCAAAAAGCUCACUUCUCAGUGUCCACAGAAUCGUAAGAUCUCAUCAUUUCAGUGUAAAAAAAGAUUGCUAUAUGAAUUGAAUAAUUCUUCUAUGGCUGGCAGGCUGGAAAGUUUGAAAUUACUUGUUGAUCCUCAGGGUGACAAUGAUACACCACACCAGUGUGUAUGUUCUCUUGAUUAUUCUUCAUUCCCGAUUAUACUGUUGCAUAGUCUUCCAUUGAAGGUGCAACGUUUAAUAGCCAAUCGAUUAAGUCGUGCUAGUCUACCUCAGUUUGUUUUAACUACUCAUGAAGGAGGUCAGUGGUCAUUGGUUCAGUUAACUAUUAGUCAUGCAAAACCGACAACAUCAUCAUCAUCAGCAUCGUCGAAUGAAUUUCAGAACAAUGAUUCAAUUCAGGUUGAUUCCAGUAAAGCGAAACCAUUGAAAGAAGUCAAUAAUAAAGAAUUCGAAUCGUCUCCAUCCCCAGAUUGGAUUUUAUCAAUUCACCUGAACAUAGAUCCGUAUACUACGGCUUAUUUUUCUGAUUCUUGUGUACAAUUCAAGUUAAAAGCCAAAGAUGCAGAUAAAAAUUGUUGGUAUUGUCCAUUUUGUUCAGCUGUUUACAAUAUCAAUGUUGGCGAUGAUGUAAAUAUCCUAAAACGACAUAUGCGUCUACAUGUUGAACUUCGUUGUUGUAUGGAUUGUGCAACUCUACUACCGAAUAGUACAUUUUCAGGGAAUUCUGAGACAUCAGAACAUGUACAUAAAUGCAGUGAAUUAAUAAGCUCUCAAACAAAAGAUGAUCCACAGUCAUUGUCUUUUAAUAAUACUAGUCAUGUUUCAACUUCAUCUUAUGAAACAAUGGAUCUUCCCAUACCAAGUUGUAGCAAGUCAUUACCAACAGGUCCUUGUACGAGCCGUACGAGUAUAAAACACCAUGUCAAUAGUGAAACAUGCGACCUUGAUAGAUUUCAAGUGUAUCAUUGUGACAACAAAGAAACUCGGUUUCAGAAGCAUGAUAUCCCCUCAAAGUCAGUUACUUUAAAUUCUUCCUCAGCAGAUAGUAGUGAAAGAAACUGGCGACGUUUUUGUACAAAAUGUAACCUCGGUUUUAAAACACCCGCUCAAUAUCAACAGCAUUUAAAGAAUGUUCAUCGAGGCAGAAAAUUUAUUUGUCAAGAGUGUAAUGCUUUAUUUAGUACAAAGGGCAAUUUAACUAAACACUUUAAUCAAGUUCACAAUCAGAAUGCUGGUUUAUCAUGUCCUAUUUGCGAAAAACAUCUUAGUAAUAAAUUCAACUUAGAACGACACAUUCGCUUGGUUCAUACAGAAAAGGAAAUUGCAUCAUCCUCUUCGGCUUCAAAGGGAAAAAACACUUCAGUCAGUGAUGUCCCACAUUCGAAUACAACUGAAUCCAAUGAAGAAUAUUCAUCACAUCAAGAUGAUAAUACAACUGUUGUUUCAACUGCCAAUGAAACAAAUCCACGUGGAUAUUAUCUUUAUCUAUCGGAUUCUGAGUGUUAUCAGUCAGUUAACACAACUGCACAAUCAACAAAUGUGAAUCAUUCUGUAACAAAACCAACCAUAAUUCAGUUGAAUCCGGAAAAUGUCGAUUCACAAUCUGUUGCUUUCGUUGCAGAUGUCAGUCUAACACCAUGUCAUCCAUCGAAUCCUGAGGCACAAAUCGGUGUUGGUGGUAAAACUUGGAAACGGAAUAUAAGUAUUGUACAGUCUUCAAAACAAACUGUUAGUGAAGAUAUAGAUUCAUGAUAGAGUGACUGUUACUGAUUUACAUUAUUCUAGGUUAUAUUUUCAUAAAAGCUUUCAUAAAAUGUACAUAAUAAACCAUAUUUUUACGUCGAUAAUUACUUUACCUUUUCCGUAUUACUAGACAGAAGUCAAUAAAGAAAUGUGUUCUUAUUAUGAAAGCAGUGCAAAUAAAAAUACAAUUUUGUAUUUGGGUAAUGAAAAAUAUUUAUUAGAUCUUUGUAUGUUAACAAUCUGAUUGACGGGUAAUCAAGA